UCCCAAUAAUAUAUUGGAAAUGCCUCUACGGCUUGUCCUAGCACUUUGAGCUACCGUGCCGGGAGAAGGAGAAUAUGGAAGAAGACCUGGACGACGUCGUUCCAUGUACAUCCCUCGCCGUUGAGUCUAUCCUUCGAGUCGGAACGGCCGGUGCAAUUUGGGGUUUGUGUACUGGUCCCUACGACGCUCGUACACAGGGUCUUAAAGGCAUUGCCCGGGCUUAUUUUGUGGCAAACUCGGUUCGCGUAUUUGGGACUCAAUGUGGACUUGUAGCUGGAGUUUUCAGCAUUACUCACUGUGGCGUUAAGAAAUACAGGAGGCGCAAUGAUUGGGUAGAAUAUAAAUGCUUCCAAUCGUAUUGUUUUGAAAGCACCAUCAGUAUAGUGAUAAUGGGCAAUGGCCACUACUGCUCAAUGAACACUAUGCAGCAUCAUUGUUCUUUCCCCUGGGAAACAAUCAUGGGACUUAGUUGUAUAUUUCUCCGAGGAAAUUUAGAUUCCUGUUUCCUGACUAGAUUCAUUUUGCCGGCAAUGCACUGCAUGUGGUAAGUGGUUUGGGUCAAAUGAUUUGCUUACUGGAAGAUAAUAUUGCACAUUUGUGUGAUUAUGCUGGAACACUAUCAUAGUUUGGGGGACCGAUUUUGGCUCUGAUUCAGAAAGCACAAUUUUUUUUUAAUGGAAUCUAGCAUGUUUAUCGUAGAAAUUGUGCAGGUUAAAUUAAUGUAUUUACAUGGUUUCAAAAGUAGGAUUUUGAGAACCUGGCCAAAAAAUACAACAUGAUCAUGGCUCAUUGAGCUGCUAAAAUUUACUUUUUAUAUUUCCUGUUUUCUUUUUCAC